AAGAAUUUUUCAAAAAGCGCGGUCGAUCAAUUUGGUUUCUAAGUCACAGAAAUAAUCUAUCGCUGGAACGUUCACGGAAAUUCAACCACCGUUACGCGAGUAACUUCGUGACUAUGCUCGGUUAGCCUAUUACAAAUGAACUCAUUUGACGAAUCAUUCCGACUGAUAACACCUCUAAAAGUCAGUUUUCACGUAUUGCUUGUUAACGGAAUGGAAGCGGAAUUGCGUUUACGGCACACGAACGACUUCAAGAAGAAGUUUCAAUGGAAAACGCUUAAGCGUAGCCAACCAGCCUGAAAUGCGGCGCAAGUUGAUUUCCGGCCCGACGGAUACUGUCAAACUCUCAUGGCUUGGUAGCUGAGUAGCCUUGAUGCGUAACACCUCAAUUACAUCAUUAUCGAGUCUGUCAGCGCGCUAAAAUUAUUGCGCCGCCGGCAUUCGUUCACUUUCAACGAAUUUGUUCAAAUGUGCGUCGCGUAUUCGCGUAGGUACGUUUAAUGUUCGUCCCUUAAGGCGUUCGUGUACGCCCGAUUAAUCGAUAAACUGACCGGCGUUUCCCAUAAAAGCGGCAAGCUGACACAGUGAGAUAAUUGCACAAGAUAGAUGUCAACUAAACACAAAGAUCAAGGGAAAAUGCAGCCUAAAGGACAAAUAUUGAAAGCAAUUCAUCGAAUAAUUGAAUUCAUUGGCAAAUGGAUAUAUACCUUCAUUGCAUUCUUGAAGGGUCCUGCAGAGUCUCAACCUCCUAUAAAGGAUCUAACGCUUUUACACAGUGCAACUACUUUAGCAUUAAAAAUUCGAAAUAAGCAGUUAACUUCACAAGAAGUGGUACAAUCAUACAUAGAUAGGAUAAAAGAAAUUCAACCAAUACUAAAUUGUGUAGUGGAAGAUCGCUUUGAAGACGCCCUCAAAGAAGCAAAAUUGUGUGAUGAUCUUUUGAAAUCUGAGAAUGCUCCAUCUCCUCAAGUAUUAGCUGAAGAAAAACCUUUCUUUGGUGUGCCUUUCACAACAAAGGACUGUAUUGCAAUUACUGGAAUGAAACAGACAGCUGGUUUAACACUUCGUAAGAACAUUGUUUCUGAACGUGACGCAGAAGCGGUUAGGUUAAUGAGGACUGCUGGAGCCAUCCCUCUGGCUACAACGAACGUGUCAGAAUUAGCCAUGUGGUGGGAAACUUCUAACUGUUUAUAUGGAACUACAAAAAAUCCUUAUAACACGAGACAUAUUGUCGGAGGUUCCUCCGGCGGUGAAGGUUGUAUACAAGCUGCAGCUGGUUCGCCAUUAGGAAUAGGAUCAGAUAUUGGUGGUUCUAUUCGUAUACCGAGCUACUUCAAUGGACUUUUCGGGCAUAAACCUUCUACUGGAAUGGUUUCGAAUGAUGGCCAAUACCCGAGUGCACAAAGCGAAGACCAAAACAGAUUGUUAUCUAUUGGCCCUAUGUGCAGAUACGCACAAGAUUUACUGCCUGUUUUAAAGAUUCUUGCGAACAAGAACGCAGAUAUGUUGCAUUUGAACGAAAAAGUAGACAUUUCGAAACUUAAGUUUUAUUAUAUGGAAGACGACGGUGGUCAAUACUUCACGUCUCCAGUUGAGUCAGAGAUAAGAGAAGCCAUGAGAAAGGUAGUUCAAUACCUGGAGAAAGCUCAUAAAAUUAAAGCGACUAAAAUCCACAUAAAAAAAAUGAAAAAAAGCAUCGCUCUCUGGAUGGCCAAUAUGAGUUGUAAAGACGAGAAAGAUUUUACUUAUGAAUUGUCGAACAGAGUGGGUCAUAUAAAUUUAUGGUGGGAAUUUUUGAAAUGGACACUGUUCCUGAGUAAUCAUACAUUGAUAGCUCUUCUUACUGCCACGUUUGAAAGAUUUGCCGUGAAGCAUGGAAGCGACAAACACACGAAACUCAUACAAGAAAGUAAAGAACUUUAUCGAGAAUUUCAGGAUAUUUUAGGUGAAGACGGUGUGUUCCUAUACCCAACGCAUCCAACUGCGGCACCAAUGCACUACGAACCGUUGAUUAAACCAUUCAAUUUUUCAUACACUGGAAUUAUUAAUGUUUUGGGCUUACCGGCUACUGCGUGUCCCUUAGGUUUGAACAAACAAGGACUUCCUAUUGGUAUACAGGUUAUUAGUGGCCUACAUCAGGAUCGUUUAACCAUAGCCGUUUGUGAAGAACUAGAACGGGGUUUUGGAGGUUGGGUACCUCCAACUAUUGUAGCUUGAUAUGAUACUUGUCGCUUAGACAAUAAUCCUGUGCGUAAUACGAUGCAUAAAGUUUCUGUUUACCAUGCCCUAUUAUCGUCAUUUUUCGAGAACUAACUUAUACCUGAUUAAUCGAUACUAGCCAAUCACUAAGGUAAAGUACAAACAUUUAUCCAAAACGCAGAUCUUUCAAAUACUUCGAAAAAACUGAGAAAGGACUGAGAAGGAACUGAGACGAAACUGAGAAUUCUUACGAGUAUACAUGAUAUAAUAAAUACUAAAUUUUUUUUAUCGGUUUGUGUAACCGAUUAUAAACUAAGUCUCGCCGAAUACGCAAAAUUGUGCGUAAUAAAUAUAUACUAUAUGAAUAUAUGAGAUGUGCGUAUAUUUAUAUUUAUAAAUUGAUGUUAUAAAAUUCAUUUUUCUAACAAAAAUCAUGUUGAAGGAAGUAAUAACAUUUGUACAUAAGUAAACUACUACACUGUA